UCUCUCAGUCAGCUGAGGGCGACAGAGGGAGGCUAGCUUCUCCCGCGUCCCAAAUCUCCCUCCUUCACUUUACCGUCCUUUGGCUUCAGACAUCGACUUGCGAGCUUCUUGUCUUUUUGAGAACCAUGUCUUCACCAAAAUGGACUUAUCUUUUUUUGCUACAGUCUUGCGGAACGCUUGGUUUCUCAUGGAGUCCCCUAUACCGUGGCUAGUGAAGGAACCACCUCGCUUCGGCACUCGGGAGGGAGUACGAGCUGUAGUCGCAUACUAGCGCAUGCACUUCCACACUUUUCCGUUAACUUGAGACCCUCGUCGAGAACUUAAGGGAUAUUUGGGCAUGGAAAUGCUUCCCACAAAGCUGUCAUGUCUUGGCCGUAGUAAACCCUUUCAAAAAAGAAUGAAGUAACCGCAAUGGAGCCGGAUAAUGCCCCGCACUCCAAACUCAGACAGGCUGGAGUCGGGGGGAGAAUCUUAUUUCUCUGCACGGUCCUCUACUGUACUUGCUAUCUAGGGUUGGCCCAGGUACAGUCUGAAGAUGUGGAUAUCCUCCAAAAGCUGGGCCUGGUGGGAAAACGACCUUCAUCAGGGACACGAUCCACUCUGUCAGGCGUCAUUCCCUUCAAGUCAGGAGUUAUCCUCACCCAGCGGGUGCGAAUCGAAGUGCCUGUGAACUCCGUGGUGCCAGUCCCGUUGAGCACGGAGUUCUCCCUGAUCUUCAGCAUCUGCUCACAUCGCAUCAAUAAUGCUUUCCUCUUCACCAUUGUGUCAAAGAGGAAGAGACUACAGCUAGGGGUGCAGUUCAUCCCUGGGAAAAUUGUAGUCUAUGUUGGCCAAAAGAACUCUGUAUAUUUUGAUUAUGACAUUCAUAAUGGCCAGUGGCACAACCUGGCUUUGGGCAUCCAACCCCAAAGGGUCACUUUAUAUACUUCUUGUGGGAAGACAAGUGUACAUGCAAAUUUGCAUUUUAAAAAUGAGGAAACUCUGGAUCCAGAAGGCUCCUUUCUUUUAGGCAAAAUGAGCCAGAACUCAGUGCAGUUCGAAGGAGCAAUCUGCCAGUUUGACAUACAUCCUUCUGCCAAGGCAGCUCACAACUAUUGUAAGUACAUUAAAAAACAAUGCAGGGAAGCUGACACCUAUCGAGCGAACCUACCGCCACUUUUACCGCUGCUGCUCCUGGAUCCCAAUAUCUCCGUCACUCUACGGACCCCGAUGACCAUAACUGAGCUAAUCGACAAAGGUUUUACUCCCAGCCUGUCACAGGAUAAAACAAGGAUUAAUGCUGAAAUCUCAGGAGGACUUAAUACGUCCAUUCAAAUGACAUCCCAGUAUGGUUCCUUGUCUCUCUCUGUGCAUGGAACGGUGCCUCCAAGGUUGUCCAGACCAACUCUGCAGAUUCCCACACAGGCCAAAACACCAACUGUCACCCCCCUCCUUAGGACCAGGGCAUCCCCAACAUUCCCCAAGCCCACCCAGCAGAGCAGUCCCAAAAAGGGAAUAACUAUAAAACCCCAUAAAUCUAAAGAUAACGACAUGCCUGUGACAGCAAAACCAACCAGAAAGAAGUUAGAAAGUGUUCAACCUUCAGCAGCGACCAAACCUACCAGUGUUUUGCCCAACUCAAAAAGGCAGCUGACUACUAUAGCAGUGAAGAGAUCUGUUCCAGAGGUGACCACCUUUCGGUACUCCAAGCCAAACUCUUUUGUACCUGUCACCCCUGCGGCCACAGAUGGGCUUCAAACAUUUGACCUGGAACCGACCCAGUUUUCCCUCCUGGUUGGACCACCUGGACUAAAAGGAGAGCCAGGACCACCGGGACCUCCAGGGGAACCUGGGAAGCCAGGAUUACCAGGGAAAAGAGGGCCUCGGGGUCCUCCAGGUCCACAUGGAAACCCAGGUCGCCCAGGGCCUAAAGGACUCAAGGGAAAAAAGGGGGACCCUGGACUCUCCCCUGGCAGAGUGCCAAAUGGAGCAAAAGGGGACCCUGGGAUAGUGGGACCACCCGGACCACAUGGACAAGCAGGUCGAAAAGGACAAAAAGGUCAUCCUGGUCCACCUGGCCAUCCUGGAGAGCCUGGGGAGCAAGGGCCAGAUGGAAACCCGGGUGCCAAAGGUUAUCCUGGCAGGCAGGGAUUGCCUGGGCCAAUGGGAAAUACAGGACCAAAAGGAGUUCGGGGCUUCAUCGGAAUCCCAGGGCUCUUUGGUCUCCCAGGACCUGAUGGAGAAAGAGGUAUUCCUGGUGUUCGUGGGAAGAAGGGCAAGAUGGGUAGGCCGGGCUUUACUGGGGAUUUUGGCGAGCGAGGACCACCAGGGCCUGACGGAAAUCCAGGAGAACUGGGUCCACCUGGUCCUAGUGGAGUACUUGGCCUUAUUGGGGACAUGGGACCUCUUGGAAUCAUGGGUCUUCCAGGGCCUGUUGGACCCAAGGGGGUAUCAGGGAAUCCAGGAGAGCCAGGACUGAAAGGUGAUAAGGGGGAAAUUGGUUUGCCAGGAGAGCCUGGAGAGCCUGGAUUCCAAGGUGACAAGGGUAUUCAGGGUUUGCCGGGAAUGCCAGGCAUCCGAGGGAAGCCAGGGCCACAGGGGAAACCUGGAGAUCAUGGACCAGAUGGUUUGCCUGGCCCUCCAGGCCCAGAGGGAUUUCCAGGUGAUAUCGGACCACCAGGGGAGAAUGGCCCAGAAGGUCCAAAGGGGAAGUCAGGAGCAAGGGGAAUACCUGGUCCAAGAGGAGCAGCUGGACAAGAGGGUGAUGAAGGACCAGUUGGACCAGCCGGGCCCCCAGGACUGGAGGGUAGGCCUGGGAGGAAGGGAUUCUCAGGAAAACCAGGAGCAGAUGGGCCCCAGGGCGAGCCUGGAAUAACUGGAAAUGUUGGGAUGCUUGGUGACAGGGGACUUGAGGGAUUUAAAGGGCCUCCUGGUGAGACUGGGCUUCCUGGAGAGAAGGGAGAUCGGGGAGAGACUGGUCAGCCAGGGCCACCAGGAGAAAGUGGACCGAUGGGACACACAGGAACACCAGGUGAGAGAGGACCACCUGGCCUACCAGGAAUACCUGGCCCUCCUGGUUCUAGAGGUCUCAGUGGCAGUAGAGGACCCAAAGGCAGAAGGGGGCCAAGGGGGCCUGAAGGACCACCUGGGGAGAAUGGGUCAGUGGGGCGCAAGGGUCUGGAUGGUCCACCAGGGAAAUUGGGUUUAACAGGCCAGAAGGGAAAAAUUGGUGAACCAGGGGAAGCUGGACCACCAGGAUACCCAGGUAUCCAAGGACCCUCCGGAAUACCAGGAGCAAAGGGAAUUCCAGGAAUGCCUGGACCUUCAGGGCCAACAGGAACAAUAGGCCCUUUGGGAGAGAUUGGCUUGAUGGGCCCACCAGGAAAAGUCGGGGAAGUGGGCCUACCUGGAGAACCUGGAGAGAAGGGAGCUGUCGGGCCUCCUGGGAACAUCGGUGAACCUGGCUUGAUUGGAAUAAGAGGCGAGCAUGGGCUCAGCGGAGAAGCCGGGCAGAGUGGCCCAGAUGGAGCCAAGGGCGAAAAGGGUGACAUGGGAGUAGAGGGCGAGCAAGGAGAAAAAGGAGAAAUGGGACUGAAAGGAAAGGAGGGGCCACCUGGAGAGCCUGGCCUAGUUGGCGUUAGGGGUCCUGAAGGCAAACCUGGCAAAAUAGGUGAAAGGGGAAAACCAGGAGAGAAGGGUAGCAAAGGUCACGAGGGUCACCUUGGCGAGACUGGACCAGUUGGUGAGCGGGGUCCUGUGGGUUUCCCUGGGCCAAAGGGAAACAGAGGAACCAUCGGAUUUGUGGGUGCACCAGGAAGAAUGGGCCUACAAGGAAAUCCAGGCCUGCAGGGAUAUGAAGGUCACCAGGGAACUCAGGGUCCAAUUGGACCCCCAGGACCAAAAGGUGCAAAGGGUGAACCAGGGGAUGAUGGGAAGAUUGAAGGCCCUGCUGGUCCUCCAGGUGACAUCGGCCCUGUUGGUCUAAGAGGAGUCAGAGGAGGACCUGGUGACCCUGGCUACCCAGGUCAGCAAGGUAUAGAUGGUGAAAGGGGCAAACUUGGAGCUCCUGGAUUGCCUGGAAACCCUGGUCCAAGAGGCAUUCCGGGACCCAAAGGAUCCAAAGGCGAUCGAGGCCCAAAAGGCAAAAAGGGUGCUCAAGGUGAAACUGGCAGCAGAGGGUCUUCUGGUCCUGUUGGUCCCCCUGGUCCCAGAGGGGUCGUCGGUCGAGAGGGACCUGAGGGAAGUCCUGGCAUGGAUGGAGCACCUGGAAAAGAUGGGUCUAAAGGAAUACCAGGGGAACAGGGAAGUGAUGGAGAAGUGGGUUUACCUGGAAAGACGGGGCUACGUGGCCAAACAGGACAACCUGGCUUACAAGGGAGUCAAGGUUCCUUUGGACCAAAGGGUGAGAGAGGCCUACCAGGUGAGAUUGGACCUAUUGGCAAGCGUGGAAUCCCUGGAACCAUGGGGAUGCAAGGGAAACAAGGCAACCAUGGAGACAAAGGCCAACCUGGUGAUCCUGGUGAGCGGGGAUUGUCUGGAGCUAUUGGAAUCUUUGGACCUAAGGGUCCACCUGGUGAUGUUGGUCCUGCUGGUAUCCAGGGACCACGAGGACCCCAGGGUUUGAUGGGAUCGAGAGGUGCCAUCGGACCAGUCGGGAUCAUUGGGCCCAGCGGUUAUCCAGGACCCCAGGGGGACAAAGGAAGUCGAGGGGAGAUGGGUGUACCAGGACCAAGGGGCCCUCAAGGUCCUCGUGGCCCACCAGGACCCCCAGGUCCCCCUGCUUCUUCUCUGUCUCUUAAGAACGAGGCACUUGGUGCUGCUUUUCAAGUCAUAUUUGAUUCCUACUCUGCACUGAGGUCUGAGACAUACUCAGACAUAGACCUCCCCAUGCUAGACCAGGGAACCGAGAUCUUUAAGACCCUUCACUACCUCAGUAACCUGAUCUACAGCAUCAAGAACCCACUGGGAACGCAGGAGAACCCAGCCAGGAUGUGCCGGGACCUGCUGGACUGUGAGCGCCGAGUGAACGAUGGCACUUAUUGGAUUGACCCAAACCUGGGCUGCUCCUCUGACACAAUUGAAGUCACCUGCAAUUUCACAGGCGGAGGUCAAACCUGCCUGAGACCGCUCACUACAUCCAAGUUGGAGAUGGGUGUAGGAGUCAUCCAGAUGAACUUCAUUCACCUGCUGAGCUCAGAGGCAGUGCAGCUUCUCACCAUCCACUGCCUGAACAUGUCUGUGUGGGCAGAAGGGGCAUCCAGACCUCCAUCCCACAAUGCUGUGAGCUUCAAGGCCUGGAAUGGAGAGAUAAUCGAGGCUAGAGGACUCAUUCAGCCUGAACUGCUAAAGGACGAAUGCUGGAUGAAGGACGGUCGGUGGCAUCAGACCCAGUUCCUUUUCCAGACACAGGAGCCCAACCUGUUGCCUAUAGUCGAUGUGCUGAACCUCCCAAACAAAAAACCAGGCUUCAAUUAUCACCUGGAGGUGGGACCUGUCUGCUUCAUAUAGAGCACAGAAGGAAAGAACAGAGAGGAGUAGGACUACAGCUUUGUGCUCUGAGAUUUUUGGGCUCUCCCUGCUCAGAUCUGGACUGCUGACUCAGCAUGGAGGAAAAUGAGAUCCAGAGCAUCUUGAAAGUAAACAAGACUUCUCAAGCUGGAGGCUAAAAUGGACAAAAAGCUCAUUUCUUUAAAGGACUACUUUCUCUCUUCAGCUGAUUUUAAAAGAAGACUUUAAGAAACUUUGAGCAAUCCGUCUCAAGCUGCCAAAAGAGUUAAUUUAUUCACACAUUUGUGCUUUACGCACAAGAUUUCCUGUUACAGAUGGGUGCCGAAUUGGAAGUUCAACACGUAUUUGCAUUUACAGUACUUAUUUUGUAUCUAUUUUUUUUUUUUACACAUGAACAUAUGUAUUUAUAUGUGUAUGUAUAUUUUUUUGUAAAGUGCAAUGUGAGAGAGAUUUUGUUGUAUAAAGGUGAAUCCUAUAUUUGGCUGUUAAAGUGAAAUAAGGUUUACUGUCACUCAUAUUGACUUUUCUUCAGGUUUGGUGCAUAAGUGUGUCUGUGUGUGUGGGUGUCUGUUUCUCUGUCUGUAGGUCUCGUUCUAAUGAUACUUGGUGGAUUCCGGGUUAUACAGUCCCCUCCGAAAGUAUUGGAAUGGCAAGGCCAAUUCUUUUGUUUUUGCUAUACACUGAAGACAUUUGAGAUUGAGAUCAGAAGUUGAACAUGAGAUGAUAGAUCAGAAUUUCAGCUUUCAUUUCCUGAUAUUUACAUCAAGAUGUGUUACAACGUAGAACGUGGCACCUUUGGUGGCAGACCACCCAAUUUUUAGGUGAGCAAAAGUAUAGGAACAGAUAGUCUUACAGUGAAUGAAAGUAAAUCACACUUAAUAUUUGAUUGCUCACAGUAACUGCAUCAAGCUGGCGACCCACUUACAUCACCAGCACCAGCAUUUUUCUGUAAAUUGGCAGACAGAAUGUUUCUGUAGACUUCUGAAUUCAUUUUGCUGCUACCAUCAUGAGUUAUAUCAUUAAUAAAGAAUAGCGAGCCCUUUACAGAAGCAGCCAUGCAAGCCAAAGCCAUGACACUACCUCCACCAUCAUAUGUUUUGGAUGAUGAGCAGAUCUUUUCCUUCUCCAGACUUUGGCCUUUGCAUCACUUUGGUCGAGGUUAAUCUUGGUUCCAGAACUUUUGUGGUGAAUCUCUGUAUUUCUUGGCAAAUUCCAAUCUGGCCUUCUGAUUCUUACUGCUGAUGAGUGGUUUGCAUCUUGUGGUAUGGCCUCUAUAUUUCUGCUCUCAGCAGUGGAUUGUGAUCGCUUCACUCCUGCUCUGUGGAGGUUGUUGGUGAUGAUGUUUUUGGGUUUUUGUUCACAGCUCUCACAAUGUUUGUCAUCAACUGCUGCUGUUUUCCUUGGCCGACCUGUUCGAUGUCUGGCUGUUAGUACACAAGUGGUCUCUUUCUUUUUCAGGAAAUUCCCAAUUAUUGUACUGGUUAUGCCCAGUGCUUGUGCAAUGGCUCUGGCUGAUUUUCCCUCUUUUCUCAGGUUCAAAAUGACUUGCUUUUCUCCCUUAGACAGCUCUCUCGGCUUCAUGUUGGUUUAUCCUUUUUUAACAACAAAUGCAGUCUUCACAGGUGAAACCCAGGGCUCACAUUCAGAGCCAUUAAUCCUGUAAACAAUUAAUCUAACAGGCACACCUGGACAUCAAGAAAUACCUGUCAGGCACAUUUUCCAAUAUUUUUGAUCACUUGAAAAAUGGAUGGGUUCAAACAAAAGGUGCCAUGUUCUAAGUUGUUUAACACAUCCAGAUGUAAAUAUCAGGAAAUGAAAGCUGAAAUUCUGUUCUCUCAUCUCAUAUUCAUCUUUUGAUCUUAAACCAAAAUGUCUUCAGUGUAUAACAAAAGAACUGGCCUUGCUGUUCCAAUACUUUCAGAGGGGGACUGUAUGUUAAGGUCAGGAAUAACUGUGCAUAAACAUAUGCAUACACACAUACACAAACACACUCAACAUACACAACAUGUAACUCAUCAGGUUUAGUUCACAUCGAUGGAGGUGGUUUCAAGCUUGAAAGUAUCAUUAAAUGUCUACCUCCGAUCUCACAUUUUAUGGUGCUCUAGGAAUAUCAGCUUUAAAAAAAAAAAAAAAAAAAAAAAAAAAAAAACUACAUGCGUGUCCUGUGGUUGAAUUGCCUUUGAAACAUGGUUUGUGCUGACAUCCAACAAGUGUCUAUAGAUGAAGUGCCUUUUAUACUUUGAAAGGGAAUAUUUUUGUAUAAACAGAAAAAAGAAAAAAGUGUCCUUUUUAUACAGCCAUCUUGCCUAGAACAUUUUUGAUGUAUGCCUUGUGUACAAAUCCUUGAAUUCUGCUAAGAUGUCAAUCAGAAAAGAGAAGUGAUUUAUGUUUUCCUACUUUAUUCCGUCUGAAAACUGGACAUAUCCAGUGUUUUAUUAUCUGUACUACUAAACAUGGUCUACAUAUGAAUCCCCAUUGCUAUAAAAUAAUAAUCAGAAAUGCAAAGUCUCCUGUUGGCAUGUGAUCCAUAAGCCCUGUCUGACUGCACACGUGAUCAUUUGACGUUGAAAAAGUGCCCUUGACUCGAAAUAAAAUGUGUCUGUGCACGAAUACGAUACACAAUUUUGCCAUGGAUCAUUCUAAUUGAAAUUAAGGGCACUAAGCCUUUCCACUAAAAGCUGCACCCAUGACCCUGAUUAGAAAUGUAUUUUAUUCUAUUACCUUUUUUUUCUUUUCUUUUUCCCAUCAACUCUGACCAACUUAGAGAUACAUGAAAUAUUUGUGGUGCGAACAGCUUUAUUGUGAGCCAUGUUGUCUCAAAACAAGGGGGUGUUCAAGGCAUUUUUGAUUUGUUGUGAGUACAUUUUAGGAUUCUGUGUUUGUGUGCUCCUUUUUACGAUAACCCAUGUGUGCUGUGACUGUAUUUGCCCCCCCACAAUUACCCAAAUUAUAGCUGUCCAUGUCUGUGAAUAUUUUCCAUUUCUUCCAGUAUGUUUUAUGGAUGGAAUACCUCAUGUUUCAAACCAAGGAAUGUUUUAUUUUUUUGUUUCCUGAAUUUGUGAACAGAAGGUUGAAGUCACAAUCAAAAUCAAAAUCCUCCUCAUGUCUGUACCAUGCUCAAUAUUCCUCAGCCAUUUCACCCUCUUAUUUACCUCUGAAUAAACAACUGGGUGUUCAGUAAAUGUCUAUUCUAUUCUACAUCCAGAUCCUAAACAUGAGUUUCAUAAACAAAUGCCUCAACUGCUUCAUUUCUGCUAUUGAGAACUGUUUUAGGCUCAUUUCUACUCAGAAACCAGGAGGAGGCGCUGCUGCAUCAUGUUAAUAAUCUGUGCAUUGCAGCAAUCAUUUCUCAUUUUUAUUUUGUGAUAGAAUAGAACAACUAAUAAAAUAGAAUUAGGUAUGUGUAUAUGGUAUUUUAAAUCAAGAUAUAAUAUCAUUAGAGUGACAUAAUUAUGUUACUUUUUUCCAAAGAAAAAGGAGAAUACAGUUGGAGGACUGCUAAAUGUCCAAAUACCCGCAUGUUGUUGUGGGAUUGAAACUCACAACCCUCUGAUCACUGGCACAAAAAUAAGCAGUGUUCCUAUAUAAUAUGGCCCAAUAUAUAAAACCCAUACACCUAGUUAGGUACUGAAGUCAUUUUAUUGAUGGUGAAAUAUGGUUUCAUACAUAUAUCAGUUAAACCACCAAGUAAAAGCUCCAACGUGCUCCCGUUUUGUUUGACCGUAAACCUAACUGACUAGCCUUAAAAGUUGUAGCUAAUGUAACGUAAUAACUUAUUACCAGCUAGUUAGCUAGUUAAGUGUAAACCUAACUGACAAGCUUUAAAGGUUGUAGCUAAUGUGCCAUAAGCAGUUAGCUAGUUAAGUGUAAACCUAACUGAAAAGUGUAAACCUAACUGACUAGCUUUAAAGGUUGUAGCUAAUGUGACACAGUAACCUAUUACCAG